AUGCUAUUACCCAUCAUCCUACAUAAUUUUCAUCACACAAGCGUCUGCGCAGAAGUUUGUUCAGUAGAGCCAGUAAUAAUCCGAGCAAAGUCAAACGCUAAACCUGUUUAUUUCCACACACUGGGAUACGAAACCGGUCAAUACGCAAAUAAUAUGCACUGCAGCUGGAUUUUGAUGGGUAGCAAUAACCGCAAACGUAUUGUGCUAACAGUUCAUGAUUCCAGCAUUGAUGAUGCGUUUUUCGCUUUCUUGAUAACAGGUGAUUCAUCGAAAUCCCCAGAACUGGUACGCUGGUGCGGUAAUAAUCAUCCAGAUACGAUAAUCAGCACAACUGAUUCCCUUUAUGUGCAAUUUCACAGCGACGAAAUGUUUCAAGAGAGAGGAUUUAACAUGUCGUUUAUAGAAUUCGGUAUACCAAGCUGUCCACCAAACUGGUUCUCCAGUUCCUUGGGCUAUUGCUAUAUAUUGAAGAAAUCAAUCUAUGGAUUGACAUGGUCAGAAGCUCAAAAAAGAUGUGGUCUGAAACGCAGCAAUCUCUUAACAUUUAUAAUUUAUGCUGAAAACAAAACAAUUCCAUGGAUUGGCUAUCUUCUUGACAAAGAAGGAAGACUGACAGCUGUAGAUUCAAGCUCUGAACCAUGGCCAGAAGAUCUAUCAAAACUUGCGAGAAAUGGAGGAGAACAAGGCUGUGCAUACACCGAUUGGAAUUAUGAGAGAAUCUUAAAUGUGGAUGACUGUAGAAAUCAACAUGAAUUCAUCUGCAAACGUCGCCAAGACGGUAAUACUGUACCAUAUUCUCCUUUGGAAGAUGUGAAGGUAAAUGAUAUUGCUAAUUCACCUGCGAAUUUUACUAUUUGGUUAUUUCUACUCUUACUUCUUUUUCUACUCCUCAUUUUAUUGUAUCUUUGCUACCGGAAAUACAAGAAACAACAUGGGUUAUCACGCAUUAGCACUUCCGAUGCAAACCAACGUCUGGUUGGAGGGCCUGACGUAUCACAAACAACCAUAACUCAUGUUGCUCCAGAGUUCCGUAAUAUUCACGUCCAGGAAAACAAUGUUAGCCGGAACGACGAAAAAGCUGGGAACAAUAUAAAUUUAGAAUCAACUGAACAAAAUAAAAGAGAGGCAGCACUGAGUGCUUGUCACGAAGUCGAAGAUCAUUUAUCUGCGAUAAGUGAUGCUAAACAAAACAUUGGUGGGCGCGAAAUUACACCAGUCAGCACUACUAGGGAAGAAACUCUGCUUAGAAUAAGGCGCAGUGAACUUUUUGAGCGUCCGCGUGUGUCUGUUCUGGAUCAUACAUCUGCGAUAAGCCUCGACGAAUUCUGGAAUAAAAAUGAAGCAUCAUUAAAGUGA